AUGAGCAGUAACGGGGUAUCUCCUGGUACUGAGUAUGUGAAUUUCUUUGGGAAGGACGAUAAGCCCAAGGACAAGAGUGCGGAUGAUUCGGGCGAUGCGCAUGCGAGGGAGGAGGAUGCGACGCCGAGCAUACUGCUUGAGCAGCUGGCGUAUGUAGAUAACUUCUUCCCGUCGCUGGAUCACGAUUUUGCUGCUGACUCCUGGAUGGUGCACGACUAUAACGGUGCCGCGGGUGGCAGCGGGGUGGAUGGGGCCAUGUCGGUAGCUGAUAUGGGCCUGGAUGAGCAACUGAGUGCCGAGCUGAGUGUGUUUGCAGAUGAUGCGUUUAUAUUUCCCGAUGAGGACAAGUCGAACAGAAACAACAACAACAGUGGCGAUGACGGGGACGAUGAGUCUAACAACAACAAUAGCAAUACCAACAACAACAACAACAUCAACAACAAUAUUAUCAACAACAUCAACAACAACAGCAACAGUAAUGAAAAUGAUAGACUGGAUGAAGACGAUGAGAUCAGUUUGGAUGGUGGCAGUGGCAGAAGACAAAGAAACCCACACUUCUUGACUCAGAGACGAAACAACUUCUUGAUGUCGCAAUAUGAUCAAGCUAGAGGCAGGUUUUCUGCAAAUAGAAGGAAAGAAAACAAUAACAACAACCAGAACCCGUUUGGUGACGAACCCACUUCCCCUGUGAGAAGAAGCUCGGACGACCACGGUGAAUUUACAAACGUUAAUAUUGGUACCUCCCCAAACAAUGAUAUGGACCCACAGCAUAGCCCUCCACAGGAUAAUGACCCGUAUAUGAGAGGCAUGAGGUCUAACACUGGGGACUCGCCGAGGGAUACUCAAAAUCCUGCUAAUCUGGUGCGUAAUCAUAGACCGAGCAUCUCCUCUCCUCUCAAUAACGUCAUCGCGAACUCCUCCCAAUGGAAUUCAGGAAACCACCAUACUCCAGCAGUUUCUUCAAGGCAAUUUACACAAGCACAGACUGCGCCAACAGCAAACCAACAUACAGACAUAGAGCUUCCUGAUUACUCUGCUAUUCCCACAUCAACGCUGGUGUCAUUACUUCCACGUGUGAAAGUUCCACCUGGCGCCUAUAAUACCCUGCUGGGUUUGGGAUUCACUAGCGACCAAAUAGACGCCAUGUCUGCCCUAAUUGCAUACAAUGAACAACAGAAGAAAAAGACCGGACAACUUAUAGACCAUAACAAUAUAUCAAACGAGGAAAGCUUGAAGACAUUACUAGAUCUAUUUAACAAAGGCCACAUCAUCUCCAAGAAGCCUCAAAGUGUUAAUACAUCUGGUAAUGACGAACUCAACAAUUACAAUGACCAUGGAGGUAUAUCAUCACAGUCACAGUCUCCUCAGCCUGCAAAAAAUAGACCAAACAAGAAGAAUAACAUCAAAAUUAAUGAGAAAGCUCUGGAGAAGCAAGAGGCUGACAGUGCGGAGUUUUUGGAAAGCAUACUAAGAAUGCACUCGUCUCAACAAACUCAUAAAUUAAGAAAGCCACAGAGCUCAGACGACACGAACCAUAUGGAAACUAUCAGUAGAACUAAAUCCGAUACUCAGGUACAUGCAGACAGCGAACAAGAAAACAAAGAAUAUAAGGAGCUUACCAGAACUCAUAGCAUCAAUAAUAACUUGAACAAGGAUACUUCGCAACAUAAACGAAUAAGAUCCAGCUCGAUAUCAGACUUUCAAGAAAGUGCAUCUGAUGCUCCCUCCAAGAAACGUUCAAUUGACCAUAAACAGGAAAGUUCAAAGUCGCAAGAAAAUAGUAAAAGGAAAGUUAAGGAGAAAGAACUUGAAACCUCUAUUCAGGAGUUAAGUGAGUUGGCUGUUACACUGCAACAAAAAAUACAUACUUUAGAGAUGGAAAACAAGCUAUUGAAGAAUUUAGUUUUAAGCAGUGGUGAUUUGAACAUGGCUGGAUUAGAUAACUCCUUUGAUAGCGAAUCGAUAAGUAAGAGCCCUAAGAUGGAUCCAAAAGUAGCGAAGGUUAAACGUUGA